AUGGUCAAUCUUGCGGAAGCGCAAAAGGUGUUCAACCUCGUGCAAGGCCUGAGCAAGCAGCAGCAGUUCGUGAAAUACAUCAGCAAUGCGGGACUUCUCUCGGUGCUGCUAGAGUCGAUUACGAAGGGGAAUGGCGCCGGCGCGACGUUCCUCGUGCCGUCCCCCGACGCGCUGCAGUCGCUACCGCCCGCGUCGCCGUAUUUUAAUAACCCGUCGCUCGCGCGGACGACGCUCCGGUACCACAUGAUAUUGGGGAAGCAAAUGGACUACACGGCGCUCGUCGAGCGACCCGCGGACACCGGCUUCCCCACGCUCGCCAAGGAGUCGGUCUUCAAGUCGGACGAGAGCGCAUUCUUCACAGUCGUCUUCCGCUCGGGUAGCGGUCGCUCCACGUCCACUCUACUCGCACCCAACCUCGCCAAGACAGAGUUUUUCCAGGUGCACCUCGUGGACUCGCUCCUCGUGCCAGACGCCAUCCUGCACUCCAUGCCCGGUGGCGGUGACGGUGAUGCUGCUGGUGGGAGCGACGGGAGUGAUGGCACUGGGAGUGAUGACACCGGAGGGAGUGGUGGGAGCGAUGCAAGUGGUGGUACUGGGAGUGGCGGUAGUGGGAGCGGUGCGAGCGGAGGUGGUGGUGGCACCGGAAAUGAUGCUGGUGGGAGCACCAGUAGUGGCAACUCUACCGAUGCUGCCAGUGUCUCUCCUCCUCCUCCUUCGGUUCCCUCUCCUUCAGUUCCAUCUCCUUCCGUUUCUUCACCUCCCCUCAACCCAUCGCCUCCUCCUACCACUGUCCCCUCGUCUCCUCCCGUCAACCCCUCACCUCCUCCCCCUAGCCCUUCCCCUCUUCCUGAAUCCCCCCCUCCUCCUCCUGUCUCUUCGCCUCCCACCCUUGACUCUUCCUCCCCAGCCACUCCUACCGAGACCACUCCAGCCACAUCCCCGCCACCCUCUCCCUCCCCUCCCCCUCCUACCAGCGAAUCAGCCUCAUCCGCAACACCACCACCGCCCUGA